GUGGCAGAAUCAGAAGUUCACUUCACUCAAAAUUACUCGAAAUCUGAGACUAUAAACACCGAUAAGCCGCUGUCUUUCUAUGUCUCUCUCUGUCUGUGUUCUGAAUCUGGUUUAGAAAAGAAAAUUGUGUUUGGAGUGAGUGAGAUUAGCAGAAAGAGAAUGGGGAUUCCAUCGGAAAUGAGGGACAUGUGGGUGAACCGCGGAAAAGGCUUGCUCAUUCCUUCGCCAGCUGAAGAACAGAAGAGGUUAAGAUCCGCAACGUGCACCCAAGAGGGUGUAAAAGAGGGAUUCAAGGCCGCUGUCAUUGCUUGUGUUCUCAGCACCGUACCUACAUUGGCUGCUGUUCGUAUGAUUCCUUGGGCAAAACAUAACCUCAAUUAUACUGCUCAAGCACUCAUCAUAUGUGGUGCAUCAAUUUCCGCGUACUUCAUCACUGCUGAUAAAACUAUCUUAGCAUGCGCCAGAAAAAAUGCCCAGUUGCAAGAUUCCUUGAGACGCCAGAAGCAGUGAUACCAUGCAACUCUAACUUGAAGCGAUAUGAGUACCAUUCAAUGCAUUGCCAUUGAAAAAUUAGUGCAUUUGACGGGUGCAUCGAGCAAUCCUACAAUAAACCCUUCAUGUGCUUAUCGUAUGAUUAGUUCUUGUCGGCUACAUUCUUGUUUGUAUGCAAGAAUUUUUUUAAAGUUAUGGUACAUGGCUGGGGCAGCUUCUGCUGUUAAUUUCAUGAAUCUGUUUCGUGUGUUUAUAUUGUAUUCCCCCUUUGUUAUCCCCGUUUCUUUUCUUUGGCCAAGGGAGAAGUAUUUUCAUUAAUAAGGCUGGGGUUAGUUGACGUAUUUGGAUUGCAUAGAGUUACAGUUUUUAUCAGUUUGCUACUGUGAUUGGUAUAAGGCUUAUUUAUUAUAGUGUCUCUUGAAA